UUGUUAGCUCAAUUGAGUUUGAAACUUGUUCAUAUUUUUUAGACUGUUUUACAAAUAUAUUUUUUCUGGUUGAUUAUAUCACUAUAGAAAAAAUUAUUUCUUCAUUGUACAGAGGUGUAUCUAAAUAUAGCUUCUGCUUCUAUCAAGUUUGGAAAAUGCCGCCAAAAAAGAAGAUUAAUAGUUCGAGAAGUAUUGCAACGCUAGGAGUAGCUGCUGUUGCUUCAAGAAAAGUAAAUAGCUUGGAUAAAUACAAUAAUCUGAACGCCUACAAUAUUUUAACCACUAGGUCUGGCCGCAAUUAUGAAAUGGAGAAAAUGACUGGUCCCAAAGUUAAGGUAGUAUUAAAGAAGCAGACUACUGUGCCUGCCAAAGUUGAAAUUAAUAUAAAUAUCAAUAAUCUGAAAGGUAAAAAGAAGGAAGAAAAUGUUGGAAAAAUUGUAAAGAAUGCUGGAAAGGCUGACAAAAAUAAUGGAAAGACUGUUGAAAAGCAAGGGGAGAUUAUCAAAAAUAAAGGGAAGAAUGCCAAGAAUCAAGGCAAGACCGUCAAGGAGCAGGAAGAGAAUGUCAAAGAGCGAGGAACGAUUGUCAAGGAUCAAGGAAGAAGUGUCAGAUCUACUAGAGCUACAACUAGACAGAACGUUCAAUCCACUAGCAAUAAUAAUGGAAAUGAUGAAACUGAGGAAGAAGAGGAGAAAGAGAAGACGCCAAGAAAGCGAAAACAUUUCCCACUUUUUGAGAAAACUCCUGCUAGUCAGAAAAACAAGAAAUUUAAGAAAGGGCAGCCAUUAAAAAUUUGGACUUGGAAUGUUGCUGGACUUAGGGCGAAUGUUAAGAAAAAUGGACAUGUCAAAAUUAAAGAAUCUGAUGCUGAUAUUGUUAGUCUUCAGGAAACAAAAUGUCCAGAAUUGCCUUCAGAAAUUGAGGCUUUGGAUGAAUAUUGCUUCAAAAAACUUGCUAAAUCGACUAAAAAUUUGGGACACGCUGGAGUUGCUAUGCUGGCUAAAGAAAUGCCCAUUAAUGUUACUGUUGGUCUUGGAAACAAAGAUUUUGACGAAUUUGGACGUUAUAUUGAAGCGGAAUAUAAAAACUUUUUCUUUAUUUCUGUUUAUGUCCCAAACAGCGGUUCUGGAUUAGUUAAUUUAUCAGCUAGAGGACGUUGGGAUCAAUUGUUUUUGACUCGUGUAAUUGAUUUGGAUAGACGUAAACCUGUAAUUAUUGCUGGGGAUAUGAAUGUUGCACAUCAAGAGAUUGAUUUACGCAAUCCUGACUCAAACCGAAACAAAACAGCUGGAUUUACUGACCAAGAAAGAGAAGCUUUUACUCGAUUAUUGGAUGCGGGUUUUGUGGAUGUUUGGCGUUCUCGUAAUCCUGACGUGGCUGAGACUUAUACUUAUUGGUCUUAUAUGGGCACUCGUCGAGCUAAAAAUAUUGGUUGGCGUUUAGAUUAUUUUGUUAUUAGUGAACGUCUUUUGGAAAAAGUAAUUGAAUGUGAAAUUCAUUCGGAUAUUACGGGAAGUGCCCAUGGAAGUGAUCAUUGUCCUCUUUCUUUAAUUAUUGAUAUUUAA